GUAGUAUCCAGGCUUAUAUGAGGAAAGAGACAUUUUAAAGUACAACAGCUAUGAUGGCUUGCUUUGACAGGUGCCACUGCAUUCAUGACAAAAGACAAAGCAGCAUACUGUACAGCAUUUUAAAGAAUGACAAUCAAAAGGAACUUCAUGUUCAUGAAGGCAUUAUACAUCAAGGAUGUUCUUGUGGUUCAAAAAAGAAAGUGGUCUUGAAAUGCCCACAGGUGACUUGCAAAACAGCCUUUGGGGUGUUGGUAAAGACUCUGAAAUUCAUUAAGAAUGUACCUUGUUUUCAAGAGCUCCCUGUAGAAGAUCAGUUGUUACUUGUUCGAAGCUGCUGGGCUCCUCUGCUGGUACUGGGUUUGGCACAGGACAGGGUAGAUUUUGAAGUCAUAGAGACCUCAGAACCUAGCAUGUUGCAGAUGAUAUUAACCAAUAGUCAAGAAAAACUGGAAGAACAGCAUCUUGGAAACCACCAGCCUCCUUCAUCUGUUGAAAUUCAGAGCAUUAAAUCAUUUUUGACAAAGUGCUGGAAUAUGGACAUUAGUACCAAGGAGUAUGCUUAUCUAAAAGGAACAAUUCUUUUCAAGCCAGAUCUGCCAGGAUUGCACUGUUCACAGUAUAUCCAGGGGCUCCAGCGCGAAGCACAACAGGCACUCAAUGAGUAUAUCAAAAUGAUCUACUGUGGAGACCAGACGAGAUUCACAAAGCUUAUUAUUGUGCUUUCGAUGCUUAGAUCCAUUAAUGCCAAUGUGAUAGCCGAACUUUUCUUUAGGCCCAUCAUUGGCACAAUAAACAUUAAUGAUAUGCUAGUUGAAAUGCUGUCUGCAAAAAUAUAAGGAGCAAUACACACACCAUGAAUGAUAUCAAGAACUGGCUUUGAGUGUUCUGAAAUGAAUGACAACUUCAUAAAGAUUGCAUAAUUUAUUGUUUUUACAUAGAUAUUAUUUUUGUAUU